UAUCAUCUGUCAGAGAUGAGUACUAGCCUGAAUGAGCAGUAUGAGAAGAAGGUGCGUCCGCACAUCGACCUUACUGACUCCCUGCGCGCUCUUGGUGUGGAGACGGACCUCAUGUUGCCUGCCAUUGUGGUAAUUGGAGACCAGAGUUCGGGGAAGAGCUCGGUGCUGGAGGCCCUCUCUGGGGUCCCACUGCCAUGUGGGAGUGAUAUUGUGACAAGAUGUCCACUCGAACUCAAGAUGAAGAAGAGCAAAAAUGAAAGAUGGCAUGGAAAGAUUAGUUACAAGGAUAUUAAAGAAGAAAUACAACAUUCAACAGAUGUGGAUAAAAUAAUCAGAAAAGCUCAGAAUGAAAUAGCUGGGGCUGUGGACAUCAGUCACGAGCUUAUUAGCCUGGAGGUAACGUCACCCAACGUUCCUGACCUCACACUCAUUGAUUUGCCUGGUAUUGCCCAUGAGCCAGUAAAAGGGCAACCAGAGGACAUCGGAGAACAGAUUAAGAGCCUGAUUCGAAAGUUCAUCACAAAGCAGGCCACCAUCAUGCUAGUGCUGAUGCCAUGUAACGAGGACAUUGCCACUACCGAAGCACUAAAGAUGGCUCAGGAAGUUGAUCCACAUGGCAUGAGAACCCUUGUCAUCCUAACUAAGCCUGACUUGGUGGAUAGAGACAUGGAGGAGACAGUGAUGUCCACCAUCAAUAAUAAGUUACUUUCCCUCAAAAAAGGAUACAUGAUUGUCAGGUGCCGAGGAGAGCAAGAGAUCAACAAAAACAUUUCACUACAUGAAGCUGUCGAGAAGGAGAAGGACUUCUUUAUAAACCACCCACGAUUCAGGACAUUGUAUAUUGAGGGAAAAGCCACCAUUCCUAACUUGGCUGAGAAACUCACGGUCAAUCUUGUCCAUCACAUCAAGCACUCUCUUUCACUAAUAGAUGAGCAAAUCCAGAUCAAUUUGUUUGAAACUCAGGAGGCACUGAAUCGCUAUGAGUUAGGGCCUUCUUCAGAUCCAACAGACAAGAUGAUCUUCUUGACUGAUAAAAUAACAGCAUUUAUUCAAGAUGUUAUCAGCCUUACAACUGGAGAGGAGCUGAAAAGUCUGCGGCAUGUCAACAUCUUCUCACGUCUGAGGAAACACUUUGAUGAGUGGAAGAAAGAGCUAGAUACAUCAGGCAAAAAAUUUAACAAGGUACUUGAUGAGGAACUACAAUUGUAUGAGGAAAAAUACAGAGGCAGAGAGCUUCCAGGCUUCAUCAACUACAAGACCUUUGAGAUGAUGUUAAGAACCCGGAUAAAGCAGCUGGAAGAACCUGCUGUUUUGAAGAUGAGGAAAAUCUCAGAUUUCACUAUGGAAGAGUUCAUUCAGCUAGCUGAAGCCAACUUUCAAAAAUUUCCAAAUCUUCAUAAAAUUGCAAGGAUGAAGAUUAUUGACAUAAAGAAGAAAAAGGAGUCGGAGGCAGAAUUAAUGCUGAGGACUCAGUUUAAAAUGGAGCUGAUGAUCUACACCCAGGAUAAUAGCAUAUACGGUGAAAUGCUAAAGGAGAGGGAGGAGGAAGAAGAGGGUCGAGCCCUUAGUUCAGACAUUAAAGACACCCUGAAGAAACUGACGAAUCAAAUCAAGUCCUACUACAGCAUUGCGAACAGACGUCUGGCUGACCAGGUGCCACUGGUGAUCAAGUACAUGGUGCUUCAGGAAUCAGCUGCACAGCUGCAGAGAGAUAUGAUACAGAUCACACAGGAACAAGACAUUGAUUCGCUGCUGGAAGAAAUUGGUGACAACAAGAUCAAACGUGAUAAGCUAAAAAAACACCAGGAUGAUCUGAAAGAGGCUCUAGAAAAAGUGAUUAAGUUUUAACUUCAAUUGUCAGUGCAAAUCUAUAAUCAAUAAUGGGAAAUUUUGAUUUGGGACGAAGGGUAUAACUGUCAAUUGCAAUUAAAAAUACAUACUUUUCUGAUAUAAAAAAAAAACUU